AUGAGCAAAAAAACUUUCAUACAAUUUACAAAUACCUAUAGAGGAUAAACUCCAAUACGAGGCUCUAGAUGCUUAUACAAUGAUGAGAAUAACAACAUCAUCUACAAAUUAGAAAUAAAUAGAUCUCAAUAACCAUAACUCUAAGCAUCAAUAGAAAAAGAGAUUCAACUUUAAAAUGAAUUAGCUGGAAAAAUCAAAUAGUACCUAAAAAUUAUCGAAUAUGCCAUAGAAGAAAAAGAAUAGAGUAAUAUAGUUCAUAUGGUCGUAUAAGUGAACGAUUAUAAAUAUUCUACUUUAUGUUCCUUUGAAGAAAUCAAUGACUAAUCCAUUAAACUAAUGUAAUUCAAAAAUAUUUUGUUACUUAUGAUGGAUUUAGAGUAAAGAAAACCAAAAAUAUUUUAUUUUCGACAAAAAAAUAUAUUAUAUUAUGGAAAUUCAAUUUAUUUAACCAUUUUUGGAUGGACCUAGGAGUUUUAAAUCUCAAAUACUUCAAAUCAAUCUUUAGCGAAAUUAGAAGACUUAACUUUCAAAAUUUCUAAAAUUACCUACUUGAAUGAGCAAGGUUAAGAAUAAUAGCAUAAUCUUACAAAACAUAAAGAGGACCUUGGACUUUUUUUUUAGAGAAGCAUCUUGAAUCUUCAUAAUUCAAAGAUAUCUAUAUAAGAUAUAAAUACGAAAUGCUAAGAUGAGGAAUUAAAAAAUAUUGCUAAAAUUAUAAAAUGCUUUAUAAUAAAUAAUGGUUCACUUUAGGAGAUGAAUAUAUAACUUUAGUAAAGCAAUUAGAGGCAAAAAAAUUUAGAUGAAUUAAUUGAAGAAUUUGAAAAAUAUCAUAAGUCAAUGUAAUUAAAAGCCAUGGAUCAAGAACUUUUAAAAAUGGGACUUGAUUUAUAAGAUCUCAAGGAAUUAUCAGCGGAUUAAUUAGCUAGAUAUAUUGAAAUCUAAAAAAAUGAAUAACAAAGUGGUAAUAAUUUGAAGAAAAAAAGAGCAAAAAUACUUAUUUUUUAAGCUGAAAAAAGAUAAUAAGCUCUCAGUAUAUUCGAACAACAAAGUCAGGAUUUUCAUCCAAAUUUGAUUUAUUUCCUUAAGCAGAAUGAAUUAGAAAAGUUAAAAAAAGACUUAACUCUAUUGAAAUAAAUAUAAGUAGAUUAGAAUAAAAUUAUCAAAUAUAUUGAAUUACUGUAGAAAAUGUCACUUAGUUAGUUGGAUUAAGUUGUUUUGGACAAUGAAUAAUUAAGUUUGAUUCCUGUUAAAAAGUUGAAAUCAAUUAAAAAUAGUACAAUUUAAGAGUUCUGUCGUAAAAAAGAAUUGGAGAUAUAAAAGAGUGGUCAAAUAGAGCGUUUUGAUUUCGAAAAGGCUUUGGAGGCUAAGGAUAAAUAUAAUAAAUUUUAACAUGAAAUUAAAUUUAAUAGAUCUAUUAAUGUUCUAAAUGAGAAUUAAUUAACAUUUUAAGAAUUUGAAUUAUUAGAUUAAAACACACAAAAAACCUAUCAAGAUUCAAUUAUAAAAAUAAUUGAAUCUAAGAGAAAUUCAACUAAUUAAGACGAUAAAAAUUUGUUGAAAACUUUAAUAGAUGCUUUAAACAAAAGUUUUCAAAGAUUAACACACUAAACAACAACAAAUACAUUGAAUUUUAAGAAUUAAUUGUAUAUGGACAAUUUAGAAGGAGGGGAAUAUGUUAAGAAUUAAAUUUUUAAUGAAAGGAACAUUCUUAAGUUCUCUAAAAAAGUGGAUUAUUUUUUUUAGUAUCGCUUUACAGGGGAUAUAUUAUGUAAUGGAAUAUUUCGUUUAUUUUUGAGAAAAUUUUAAAAAUACGUUUAGAAUUCAAAUUAUUAAGGCUAUCAAAUAAAUGAUAAGAAACACGGUUUGGGAUUGAGUAAAAUAAAUGAAAACCAUCUGAAACUUGGAAUAUUCUAAUUUGGCUAAUAAUUAUGGGGCUGGGAGAUUGUCCUUCGAUCUAAAGAAAUCAGUUUUUAUAAAGGGCCUUUUUUAAACGAUCAAAAGGAUGGAUUAGGAAUAUUAUAAAAAUAUGAUGUUAAGGAAGAUUAAAAGGAAGAUUAAAAGGAAGAUUAAAAGGAAGAUUAAAAGGAAGAUUAAAAGGAAGUGUUAAUUGAACAAUAUGUGGGUCGAUUUUAGAAGGAUAAGAUGCAUGGCUAAGGUGAGUUAAAAAUGUUUUAAAAGUAACAAGAAAUCACAGGAGGUUCAAAUAAUGUUCAAGUAAUAACAGUUACUUAAGGAGAAUUUAAAAAUGAUCAAUUGAAUGGUUAUGCCACAAUAUCUUAAAAUGAUAAAAUAAUUUUGAAAGGUUCAUUUAAAAAUGGGAAAAAAAAUGGAAAUGUAAUAGAAAUCUAAGAGUAAACCACAAUAACAGGGUGUUAUUCGGAUGGAAAUAGAACUGGUAUUCAUAUUACGAAACAUCCAGAUGGUAAAACGACACCUAUAGAUUAUGGCUCAACUACAUGUUCUGUUUUCUGA